UGCCUCUUCAACUGACUGAUGAUGACUUCCUUGUAUUGGGAAGUAAGAAGAAGAAAAGGAAAUGAUAAAAUUCAAUUAUCAGUUUAAGCCGCUCAUCACAAGGGCAAUUAAAAUUUAAAUAUGGAACUGGCAGCAGUGCAGAAAAUUUUCGGAAACUUCUUGAAAAUGUUGUUGAGUACAUUAUAACGGUUGCAAAUUAUGAUUUUCUCAAAAAAAAAACAAAAGUUUUUUCAUGAUCUUUCACAAAAAUGAGCAGUCUGAGUUUUAAACUUUAAUGGCAAAAGUGUAACAAUAUUUCUAAAUUCCCAGGUGGAGAUCUUUUUUGACAAAUCUAGUUUAAAACUGUAAAUAAUUUUUUUAGAAGACUCUACAGUAAGGCGUGUCUAGUAUGACAAAAUGUUAAAUUUUGUUGAAAAGAAGUCGGUAUUUUUAAUGUGGAUUUGAGGCACCUGAUGGCCAGUCUUAAUUUCUUAUUACUUUUAAUUAUUUUUUUUUACAAAAGAUAGAACGUUCUAUGUUGAUCAGUUUAUCUGCAAAUUUUGAAACUUCAUGAAUAUGUUUGGCAUUUUAUUAUAUUCGAUCAAAAUUUUGCAUAAAAUUUUUGCAAAUCUACAGCCGCUUUCCUCAAAUCUCACAUCGAAAAAUAUACUCUUGUUAAUUUUCAAAAUAAAGGAACCUAGGGGGUUUGAAUUUCCAUAAAAGUGCCAAGCUACUCGAAAUUGUUUGAAGUUAAUGUAUGAAUUUCUAUCCAAAGCCUCGAAAAUCUUGAAUUAAAACAAUUGACUGAAUGCUAAACCAAUUAUUUAACACUUUUUGAUAAGAGGUCGACUAUCCUAUCAUUUUUAUUAACUGCUUUUGGUUGUUUAAUCCGAUGUUUUCAUAACAACAUGUAUCAUGCGCUUGUAGGAAUUUUCCCCUCAGAACUGUGUUUAUUAUUAUUUUUGCUUAGCUAUUGACCAUAGAUUUGAGUUGUGUUUUGGAAAAUAAUUGUUGAGGACAAUCACAAGAAAUUCUUCUUAUUUUGAUAUCUUAGACUUUAUAGGUAGCAUACUACAAGCCACGAAAUGAAUCAUUCACGAGGAUGAAAGAAGCAAAAAAAAACAAGUUAUAAAAUAGAAGGGCUGAGUUAAAAAUCUAGAGUUUGUUUUGAUUAGGUCGUAUGAGCCACCUAACGUGUUUCGAGAAAAUCGUUGUUUAAGUUUCGUAACCUAUUAUCUACAAUUUAGAAUAUUGGUAAAUUUUAUCUCAUAACUUUAUUUCAUGUGGCUUAAACUUAGCUUAUUGUCCAUCCACAAAAGUACCGCUUAUUGAACUUAUCUAGCAAUAAUUUUAAGGUUUUUUUCAUUACGAUGACUUAAAUCACUCUUCCUAGGGGUUUCCUAUUAGCUUUUUGAAUUUUAUUACAUUCUCCAAAGCAUUUUCUUGGAAAAUACAAAAAUUAACUCCCCGAACAGUUAUUUUGCGACCUUUGUAUUGCACGCCAAUCCAGUGCAGUGCAAAACGUCGCAGAAACCAUAUUGCACUCAAAAAUGAGAAAGUCAUACGUCCUAAAUUCAUAUCAUUUUGUAGAAUUUAUUCUUUUAUCAAAUGAAACGUAGUUGAUAGCUAACAUAGAAUAAUGUUUAUCAAUCGUUUGCAGCCAAUAACUCAAUUUGGUUAUAUUGGUUCAUACAACGUUAUCAAAACUAACUCUAAAAAUAACCGUUUUUUAUGAUGAAAUCACCAAGGUGGGUAUAUAUUCAGGAGGUGUUCCCGAAUAACGAAUUCCCGAUUCAGCCAUUUUGGCUAUGUAGGCUAUGCAACUAUGCGGAACUCAUGAAGUUUGUUUACCAACAAACCACAGAUAAGCUGAGCAAAAAAUAAACAAACUCAUUGAGAGCCCCGCUCACUCCUCGCCUACUUACUGUGAAAGUCGGAGAACCUAGUGUUUCUAAGAACCUUGGAAAUCACAAGUUUGUUUUGUAUUGUGUGUCUGUCAAACAUUCAGUUAAAAAUACACUGAGAAAUAUCUGUCAAUCGGUUUUAUAAGAUUGAAAACAGAUUUUACAAUCAAAACUGUUUUUUUUUAUAUGUUCUUACAGUGUGACUUGGCUUUUAAACGGCUCCUUUAAGUUCAAUAACUUUUCGGAUUUUAAAAUGUAAUGAAAGGUCGUUUUAUUGGUUUUGGUUGACACCGAGCUUUCCAAAAUAGGUCGACUUUGUCCCUUGAGUGAAACAACUCCAUAAAAAAGGUGUGUGUGCCACAUUAUGAAAGCCUAAUUCGUUUCACCAUGACCGCUUUGAGUUCAGCAGAAAGGAAAUAAAACCUAAACAAAAAACUCACUGUAGCAACGUUCAUCGAUCGACAACUGGUACUGACUUAUCCGCGUGACGGCGUGACCAAUGUCGCGCGACGCCCACUUUUCACGGUCAUCACCAGCAUCAGCAUACCUUGACAAGCUUUAGAUCGUCGGGUUGUUGUCAUUUCCACACGUAUUUAGUAGGCGUUGAACCGCAAAGGUGAUUCCAGCUUUGAACAACCUACCUACAGUUUACACUCUAUCUAGCGAGAGAUAGUUUUGUAUCAAAACAAAACACAAACUUGAAUUAGAGAGCAGAGAGUUGAGGCUCUGCGAGAGCAACAAAACGAGUGAUCUCUCAUUCAUGGGUUGCUUUCUUCCGUCUACCUUCUACUAACUCAUGCGAUCAUGUUGCAUAGCUGCACGAUGGAUGCGCGCGAUGAUCUUUCCGCAGUUUGGUUGUUUAGAUUCCACUCGAUCGCAGCAGCGUUCUAGUACUCGGGAGAGACUCGCCGCGUGCGUUUGAUAGUCAGUAAUUCUGCUAAGCUCUCGAGUUAGACCGUUCGGCGGUUCGUCGUGUAUGCUUGGAGAACGUGAUCUUUAAUCGUUAGGGUUUUUGGAAUUCUCAAUUAACUACCGUGGGAUUUUCACCGUCGUCGUCGCCGUCGUUCGAUAAAAGUGAUUAGUUACCGACUCUUUGCUGUAGCGUGUGUGGUUUGUUUUUACCACAACACCUACUGGUAGCCAGCUUUUCCUCCGUGAUCACCCACCGCAUCAUGUAACUUAAGUCCGGCUACCUAUACCUCGUUAGUUACAAGGGAGUUGCGUGUGUUCUGUGUGUUGUAUAACGGGAUACCUAUUGGUUUAAAAGCAAGCUAGUAUCCGGAAUAGCUUCCGUUGGUGUUGUUGGUGGUGGUGGUGGCCUCUCAGCUGGAGGUCUAGUUGGGGAUUCGUGAUAGCGGUGGUCAAAAAUUGGAGCAACUAGAAACCACGCGACACGGUUGAUUGCCCCCUUGAAGAUUGUGUUUUUUGUGCGCUGCUGUUAUUGCUGUUUCGUUCGCCGUUUUUGCUAUCGUGUCAUCCACAGUGUCAAAGAGCAGGCACCGGUGCUAUAGAUGUUCCUCCUAUUUCGGUGUGCACUUCUUGGAGUACCAUCAUCAUCACGGUUGUUUUAGUAUCUAUUUAUACCUACCGGUUCGAUCCUGCUAUUGCCGGGAACGACUACGACGACGUGUGAUGGAUGUUUCUUUUGUUUUGUGCAUCGUCGUGACCGACAGCUGUCUCGCUAAAACGGAGACCAGUCAGUGAGAAAGAGCCCUAUAUUGUCUGACAAGCAUAAUAUUGGUUGUUUUUUUUUUGCACAACGAAUAGAAAAAAAAACCAGUGAAUACGCGGAAAAGUGACCCCAUGGGAAAUCAAUCUGAGUUUGUUUCGGUGCCACCAAUCGAAUUGACGAGAAUGUUGUCAAAAGUUGAACGUGAUUGAAAUUAAGUUGCCUGUUAAUUAUGUAUGCAAGUUGCCUUACGUUCAACUGAAAGAAGAACAUAUCUGCCACUGAAGAUUGUGAAUCAGUGAAAGCAUCGGUUAACAUCGAUAUACCUUCCUCAAAAGAUCCGGUCCUGUCAGUGAGACACCGUCUGUGUAAAGUUUAUUCGAAGUUGGAAGAUGAAAAGUAAUCAGCUGACGACAAUGCCGCACAACAGCUCCAAAGCCGGUGUCGAGAUGUCUGGAACCGGUUCUAAAGGAAACGCACCGGUUGAAUGUGUUAUAUGAGAAGAAAGGAGUGUUGGGGAAAAAAGUUGUAAAUAAAGCUAUUACAAUUGCCAGAUUCAGUUAUCUCAUUGGUAGAUCCAACCUUUGGGAUUGUGUCGAUGAAAGUUAUCUUUGGUUGUUAAAUUGUUCACCACAAACGGAUACGCAUUGAUCGUAGCAGGCCUUGGCACAGUGGCUCCUGGUUUUUCAAUUUUUGAAUCACGUUCAAAAGUAAAAUGGGCCAAAUUAUAAGCACAGAAUCUCCCCUGAGCCAAACCGGCAAUGGAACAUUCCACAACCACCACCAGCAUCUGUUCCAGCACCAAUCCUCGAUAACCUCGUCCAGCUCCAUUCAAACGGUGCUGCUGAAUCAGAACCUGCAGAACGCGUCCCAGGUGAAUCGGCUAAUAGACAAUGUGUGCGCCAACGGCAAUCACCUGAAUCUGAACACGUUCGGUAGCUGUGGGUCGUUGAUAGCCACCGGCCAUGCGUUACCCCCAACUGGGACUACGCCGGCAGUGUCAGUCGGCGCCGGAGCAGCUGCUGGAGGACAAAAACCGGCACUAGCUGGUGGGGAGCAGCAAAUGGCAUCCAGCGUUAGUUCCGCGGAGGAACCGCUGAGUGUGGCCGAUGUGGCGGAGCUGCUGCAUCCUCAGUAUGCCAUUAUCACCGGCGGACGCUCCAAGGACGGCUGCCCGUUGAUCACGUUUCCGGACAACAACAACUUCCACAACUUGUCGGACGUGGACUACCAGAAGCUGAUCCUGUAUCUGACCUCGGUUCCGUCGUUGUCGGAAUCCGAUAUGGGCUUCAAUCUGAUCAUCGACCGGCGCAAGGACCGUUGGGCGGCAGUCAAGGCCGUACUGCUCAAGAUCUCGAUCUACUUCCCGGCGAUGGUGCAUUUCGUGUAUGUGCUACGGCCCUCCGGUUUCCUGCAGAAGGCCAUCUCCGAGGUUAGCAAUAAGUUUUUCAAGGAGGAGUUCCGCUUCCGGGUGGUCGUUUGUGGCACCCUGGAGGAGCUGCACGAGUUCGUUUGCCGAAAUCAGCUGACGCUGGAUUUGGGCGGGGAGCUGAACUAUUCGCAUCACGACUGGAUCCAGCAACGGAUAUCGCUGGAAAAGUUCUCCGGACUGACCAACAUGAUCUCGUGUAAUUUAGAGGCGUUUAUGAAGAUGAUCCACGAGAUGGAAUUCCCGAACUCGGUCGACGCCACCGAAAAAUUAAUCGAAGAACAGAGCGAGCAGUACGAAAAGUUAAAGGAGGACAUUAUGGCCGCUGGACGGCACGGAGAAGUAUUGUUGGAGGAAAUGCGUACCAAAAAAGAUAGUGAUAAGGAAACGGUUGAACGUUUCGGUAAUAUAAGCUCAAUUGAAAGUGCAGGGAAUAUUUCAAACAUUACUACUGUACAUCAACACGCUCCUGAUGACAGUCGCGAUUGUCACAGACUGCUGGUGCAACUGGAGGAAACGGAGCGGCACUUCGAGGAGUUCUGGACCGUGCAUCUGUCCCGGUUGCGCAAGUGCCUGGAGCUGCGCCGGUUCGAGCAGGACUUCCGGGAGCUGCAGGCCAACUUCGAUCGGCACCAGAGUGCGGUGGCCGAUAUGACCGAGAUUGGGGAAACCGUGGAGCGGAUGGAUGCGUUGAUACGGGAAACCAAAGAGUUCCAACAGGCCUGUGCGGUGGAUGUGGAACGGGCUGAACAGGUCAUUGGAACCGGACAGCGGCUGAUUGGAUCCAAGGGAUGCAUAAGUUCCUGCCCUAGGGAAGUGGUGCAACCCAAGUGCGACGAGCUGGGUCGGGUCUGUGAGCUGAUCAACGAUCGGAUCUUGAGGCGGCUGGAAACCUUGGCCAAAGCUCGGGAGCUGAUGGAGCGCGUUGAAAAGGCUAACGAGUGGUGUGCCCGGGGCAUUGAGCUGCUCGCUUCGCAGCGUAUCGAAAAGUGUUCGGUCUCGGUGGAGAUUGCCGAACAGAGUUUGGCUGAAAUACAGGAGUAUCUGGCGUCGGCGGCCGAAUUCAAGCUUUCUAGUCCGCAGGAGUUUCGGAGCCUGAUUCAGGAGAGCCAAACGUUGGAAACGAAGGCGCUGGUAUCGCAGGUUCUGCAGCGGAUCGACGAUGUGCAGUUGAUGUGUGACAAACGGGUGACGACCCUGAAGAAGUUGACGAUCAAGCCACCGAGGCCGGUCCAAACGGUAACUCCGGAACCUGCUGUCCCAUUGCAGCCACCCGGCGGUGCCCCACAUCCCAUUUUUAGGACCCGGCGGUCCUACAACAAGAUCGACAGUUUCUCGUCACGGCCACGGUCGAUUGAAGGUCCGCCAGAUUCUGGGAUCUCGAUCAGCAGCGAUACCAUCAUCGCCAGCUCGGACAGCGAUCUCAACUUGCAGAGCCAAACGGAUUCGGACGAACGGAAGCUGAAACGCGGUCACGUGCUAGCGGAGUUGCUGGAAACCGAACGGAUAUACGUGGCAGAAAUGGGUUCAAUUCUGAAGGGUUACCGGGACGAAAUGCUGUCGGAGGAGAUGAGUUCUCUGGUGCCACCGGGGCUUCAGGGCAAGGCGGACAUCCUGUUUGGCAACCUGCACGAGCUGUACACCUUCCACAACGAUACCUUUCUGAAGGAUUUGGAGAACUGCAUCUCUACCACCGAACUAGUCGCGCUGUGCUUUGUGCAGAGGAGGGACACCUUCUUCCGGCUGUACUCGUACUACUGCCAGAACAUUCCCCGCUCGGAACAGCUCCGGGAAACGCUGGUCGACACCCACCUGUUUCUGCAGGAGUGCCAGAUGAAGCUCGGCCACAAACUGCCACUCGCCGCGUACCUGCUCAAACCGGUCCAGAGGAUCACCAAAUAUCAGCUACUACUAAAAGAUUUGCUAAAAUUUAGCGAUACCGGAACGUGUUCCCGGGAGCUGCAGAAGGCCCUGGACUGCAUGCUGGUGGUGCUCAAGUGCGUCAACGAUUCGAUGCAUCAGAUUGCAAUUACCGGUUUCCCCGCCGAUCUCUCGCAGCAGGGUGAGCUGCUGCUACAGGACUCGUUCCAAGUGUGGACGGAAAGUAAAAAAGAUCUCCGAUUACGGUUGAAAACCCAACAUCGGCACAUCUUCCUGUACCAAAAGGCAAUGCUCUUCUGCAAGCAGGGAUCCAAGACGGGACACAACAAGAGUACCUACCAGUUCAAACACUGGCUACAGAUGUCUCAAAUCGGUCUAACGGAAUCGGUCCGGGGUGACCCGCGAAGAUUCGAGGUGUGGCUCCAGGGUCGCCAGGAAGUGCACACCAUUCAGGCUAGCACGGUUGAAAUCAAGAACAAAUGGGUCGCCGAGAUCAAACGGGUGCUACUGAACCAGCUGGAGGAGCUUAAGGGCGAAAAGAUCAAACAAUACGGACUGAACCAUAAACCCCUGAGACAUACGGGCUCCUGGGAGGUCCCACCUUCGUUACAUGGAACGCCAAACCGGACGUUCAGCUGCGAUCAACAGCCUCAGGUUGUGGGACCUCUGUCGACCAACAGCCUACAACAUCACGUGGGCAGCAUGGCCAUACACCAUCAGCUUUCGCUGGAUCAUUCGCUCUCGCAGCAACAUCAUCAGCAGCCGCAGCAUCAGCAAAUCGGAGCUGGGGACAGUAUGCUGAGUGCGACCGGUAUUUCUUCUUCGUCCUCGGAACACGACAAUCAGGAAACCAAUGCCUGGAGCUCCGAUUAUUCCAACAGUGAGGACGAGUUUACCCACGGCGAUGGGGAUGGAGUGUUGCCGGGCCACAAGUUUAUCUCGCUUGCUGACUACUGUGCGAUGGGAAAUUCGGAGGUUUCCAUGAAGGAGGGCGACAUCGUAGAACUGCUGAAAAUUGGCUGCGCCGGUUGGUGGUUUGUGAAAGUUGUCGGCAACGGUCUCGAGGGAUGGGCCCCAGCCGCCUAUCUGGAGCCCAUGAAUCGAAAGUCGAACCGUCUUCGCGGUGCUCGUAGCCAGGACAAACUGAAUGAACAUUAGAGAGGAGGAAUCUGGAGUUUAUUGGAUCUUUACCGUACGCGUCUGUAUUAUGUGAGAGAAUUUAGGGCGAACAAAGUUGUCUAACUUCACUAUCUAUCGCUGUGUAUUUAUAAACCAUUUACAAAAUCUUCUCGGCUAGAGGAGAACAAACAAGCAUAUUUCUACCAUCGACAUCACCGUACAACCGUAGCGCAUUCAUCUAGUGUGAGGAUAAAUACUGUCAUUUAUAGUAGGUUUAAAAGUAAACCAAAUAUUUGUAAACGUCUUGAAGUAUGUGUUCUCCUACAUAAAAAAAUAAACUAUUAAAUGAAAACCGUUCUCGAAUCCGUUCGUAUCUACAUUUCAAUAUUCCAAAGCAACAAUAAAAACAUUCUUGUUAAAAUCAUCCAGAUACGAAAAUUACGAACAUAACUAGGUAAUCAGCGACUCUCUGAAAAAAAAAAACUUUGAUCAAAUAUACAACAAUAGAAGAUAAGCACAGACUUCAAACUACUAGACAAAGAAGAACAAAACAAAUAUGAUCGUAAAUGUGUACACACGUGUGUUUAAAGCAACCGUACAACCCCUAGCGACAAUAAGCGGUGUUAGUUUAGUUGGAUCGCGUAAGAUUCAAUUCAAAAAAAGCACGCUGGCGUCAUCAUUUGUAGAAUCCUUAAUAGCUAAAUGAAUGUUGUCAAUUCGAGGCCACGUACGCAGCAAUAGAUUAGAGUCCUGUAUGUAUAGGCUAAGUAAAACUCUCCCUGGCUUAUUUUAACUCACGCACUCUCUCUUUCUCUGUAGGAUUUCACUUAUCAGUCUAUUGUUAUCUUUUUACACAAUCUCAACUUGCUUUAAAAAAAAUUAAUCUCAAUCUAUGCUUGUAAAUCUAAUUCUCGCAUCUACGACGCAGCUCUUUAAUGUUCGAAAAAUUAUAUUUAUUGCAAACAAGCCAAAGCCAAUUUUACUAUUGGAAUAUGAAGUCGAAACAAGAAAUGGAAAACAAAACACCAGUCGAACCAAUCGGAAUGCUUGGGGAUCGUUAUAGGAACGUUGUGCGGAUAUGUCAGCUUGCUGAUGUUUCUUUCUGAUUCGAGGCUUUUGAUGUUAGAGAAUUUAUUUCUAAGUUCAAAUUUAUUAUAAACUGAAUGUGAAACAUGAAUGUCUUCGGUUUGAGAAUCUUCUUGUUUCACAAUUUCUAGUAUAUUCUUUACUUAAUUUUCAGAAAUAAUAAUAUCGAUUUGGGCUUAGAAAUUAACUUUCGAAACCACGACCAGGAAGUUGGUAAAAAAACUGAUCGAAAUGUAUAACAACGUUCAGGAUUGUAAUAUCAAUAACCUAAGAGAUUGGCGAGAAUACCAUUCACACUUCCCCUCAAACCUCUAGGACAUUAAUCCUACAAAACAGACUACGGAAUGUUACAGGUUGAUUUUUACGCCCCAUGUUUUACACCGAAAUGAGAUGUUUCCUGUUAGUUUUUAAUUUAUUUAUUUAUUAAAGCUCAUUCGUGAAACAUCCCGUAUCCCACAAAACCGCCUUGAUUCAUUUGUUUUUUUUUUGCAUUCGAUAGGUUUUUGUUUUUGAAUUUUUGUUAUGUUUUAAAAUUGUAUACCAUUUCAUGAGAAAAUAAAUUGGAACGAAUUGAAACCACAAUGUUCCGGUAAUUGAGAUUCGUAAGAUAUAGAAAAGAAACUCCGACCAAUCCUUUUCACAAGAACUUGUAGCUCGUAGGAAGAAGCAGAAAAGGUUGGAUUGUUUCGUUUUUUUUUUGUACAGGAACACGAACAAUAAUAUUCGUUUCGAUCAAUUAAAAAGAAAAAAAAUCAAAAGCUAAUUUCGAGCGAAAUUUUUUGAAAUGAAAUUAUACAUAUUUUUAAGACCGAUUUUCGCUUCAUGUUAAGAGGCGCAUGUAUUAAGUUAACUUUUUAUAUUGUAGACACCCUUACACACAAAACAACACUGUAUUGUGCAAGCAGCAAACAAUCAACCGAGAAUGGUCGAUUAGCCUCAGAUUUAAAAGACUAUGUGGUCUAUUGCAAUAUUACAUUGGUAGGAAGCAUGACUAAGCAGUGGUUGAAAAGAAAAGAAAACAAUCGAACUAACUCACCAUCAAAUUAUUAAAUUAAACAUUAAUAUACCGAUGAAACAAGUUCGAAACAACACAUUAAAAAAGCCAAUAAUGAAAAAGGUUAUUUUUAAUUUAAAGCAUACCGGAAGUUGGGGAAUAUCAAACAUUGUUGAUUAAUCCGAGGUAAAUUUACUAAUCACUGAAACAUCAAAAAUAAUUUGCAAUUGUCAGCUUACUCGGUAGUUCCAUGUUUGCAAGAAAAGGUCAUCAAUGUCCAAACAAGCACGCUUUUCGAGAAACGGUAACAUCAAGGUGUUGUAAUUCAUUAUAAUCAGCAAACAGUAAAGAAGGAAAACCUAUUGUUGAUCGUUCAAUAAAACAAAUUAUAAAUCGGAAGAA